AUGACAGACGGGUUUCAACGAACUACUACGGAGUACUCGCAAUUUAACCAGUAUGGUCCAACAUCCUUGAAGAUUUCAGAAAUGGCCAUUUGGUGCUCCAAAGGCCCCCUGAGCAACCACCCCCCUCUCCGUGUCUACGUGAUACCCAACGGGUCCGACAUGAUUGUUGCCUUUCCAUCCGACGGACCCCGAGGACGACAGGCAGUUCCAGUACCGAUUGAGCGAUGCACCGACCGCGGAAGACUCGACUCGAGGAAGAUCCCAGCGGCAGGCCGUCUUCAGUCUCGCUCACGACCGCCGACAGCGCAGAGGAUGCGUUCAGACGAUGUCCCGCCGUCCCUGCCGUCCCUGCUGCACCUGCACAACCUUCUACAUAAAAAAACACUACACGGCGCUAACCCGUUCGGGCGCCUCAUGUCCGUCUCUCCUGUUCUUUGCUCUUGCCGACUUUUUUAG